CCGGGCGGGGCGCCGCGCCACAUCCACGGCCCCCGAUGCGGCGGCGCCGGGCCCGGAGAAGAAGCGGAAGCGCAAGAGCAAGAGCAAGGCCAACGCGAAGAAGAUCAAGAGGAAGAAGAAGCGCGCCGACGGGGCCGCCUCCGCGCCCGAUGUUGUGGAGGGGUUCAGCGUGUUCAAGGGGGCGGAGGCGAAGGAGGCCCAUCAUUUGUUCCGCUUGCAGCCUGUUCUUUUGUUUUCCUUUUGUCCCCCCGCUUGCAGCCUGUUCUUUUGCUUCUUGGUGGCGGUUGAAACAAGGGAGAGCCUGGUGCUGGAUAUUGGUGGCAGCGGCAACGGCGACGGCUACUGGUGCGGGGAGAUCGGCGACGGCGGCGGCUACUGGUGUGAGGAGACCGGCGACGAUAGCGUCUAUUGGUGCGGGGAGAUCGGCGACGGCGGUGGCUACUGGCUUCUUACAGAUUAAAUCCCGCAAGCUCCCAACUCCCCCAAGCAACCUCGGCUCAGCGAGACCUGCAAGAAACAAACACCGGGCGGGCAGCAGGCAGACGAUCUUGGGAAGCGCGAUGGCGGCCAAGGGGAUGACCGAGAUGGAGGUGGGCGGCGACGACGUCGCCGUCAUCACCAUCUGCAACCCGCCAGUCAACUCCCUCUCCAUCGAUGUACUGCUAAGCUUAAAGGAAAGCUAUGAAGAAGCUCUUCAGAGGAAGGAUGUCAAAGCUAUUGUUGUUACAGGAACGCAGCGACUCCCACGUCUUGUUGGACUGACAAAGUCACUUGAAAUGAUGUUGUGAUGGGAAGAGGAGCAGCAAGGCGGCGGAAGGAGACAUGCGUUAGGAGUGGAACAAGUAGCAGCACCAACAACAAGCGACAACGGCCGAUUCGGCAGGGAGCGGAGUCUUCUCUUUCUUUUGCAGGGGACAGAGAGCGGAGUCAACAACAUGUUUUUGUGCCUUCGCUCUUGAUUGGUACAUGAUAUAUGGCUAUAUGUGAAGCUUGUCGUGAUGCGUGGGAGUAGGGCGGAUUCGUACAUGGAAGCUUUGUUCGGAUCUUCCCCAUGUGAAAGCAUCCCACGCGGAUCUGUGAGGGGUUGUGCUGCAGUUUGCCCAUGCCGUACAGUUCAAGCUCCAGGGGAAAUUUCUCCUCUAUACCUGAUCCAAUAAUGUUUUUUUCCUUUGCCUUAUCCAAGCUUUAAUACAGUAGUUGGUGAACAAAAUAAUUGUAGGGAGAGAGAGACAAAGUGUGGCGUAUCCUACAAUCAGAAGCAUAACAAAUAGUUUAACUUUUCAUAAAGUAUGUUGUCAUUUCCAUUUGUAUUGGACAAAUUUAUCGGAACUGAUAUUACAUCCACCCUUGGUUUCAUCA